AUGGCUCAUUAUGGACACUUGCUACACAGGCACUUGAGAGAGAUUCUUGGGGAAGCUUCUGGCUACCAGAUGCUGCUGGCCAUGGUGACUUGCAGGAGCCUGAAGCUGAAGAAGUCAUUCAUGCUGCAAAAGCGCCCGCUGCCCGCAAAGGCUAAGGACUCGCCUUCCAGGCCCGGAGUCGAACCCAUCUCCAGAGUCGGCGGCGAGGGGCGGGGCGAGGGGCGGGACCGCAGGGCUGUGCGCGCGCGCUCCCGCCGCCUUCUGCCUGCCCGUCGCCCAGGGCCGGGCCGGCGGGCGCGCCCCCGCUGCUCCGUCCCCUCCCCUCGCCCGCCGCGUCGUGAGGCGCGCGCCCGCCCGCCGCCUGCCGCGGAUCGCGUGGUCUGCUCUGCUCGCCGCGCCUCUCCCCCGUCCGUCCAUAUUGCUGCAGCCCCCGAGCCGGGAAGCCCGGGCCGCCCCGGGGGCGGGGGGGAGGGAGGGACGGGACUAGAAGCCUGCCCGGCUCGGGGUGGGGGCGUCUUGCGAGGAGCGGGCGGGGGGGGACGCACGCCGAGGAGGCCUGGACCGCAGAGUGGGGAGCCUUCCUCCCCCCCCGCCCCUCUAGUGGGCCUCGGAUUUACAGCGGCUGCACCUAACUGGGAGGGGGCCGCGCCUCGCGUGAACCCCAACCCUUCUUCGCAGGGACUGGGGCCCAGCGCCCCUGAGGAAGGCGUCGCGGGCGCCCUACGAGCCAAGUUC